GGCCGUGUCACCUGAGCUCCCUCCCGUCCUUCUCCCCAGGUCUACUCUGCGCUCCAGUGGAUCCAGUUCACCAUGGCCAUGCUCAGCGUUAUAGGUUCCAGCUCAAUUAUUGCCUAUGCCGUCUUCCAAAACGCAGUGCGGUCCCCCGAGGUGCGUCCGCUUUUCUACCUGAGCCUCUCGGAUCUGUUCCUGGGCAUGUGCUGGCUGGCUGGGGCUCUGCUCUACAGCUCACCCACCUCCCAGCAAGACCUCAUCUGCUACAACCUGCAGGCCACGGGACAGAUAUUCUACGUGGCCUCUUUUUUCUACACUGUCAACUACACCUGGCACCUGUACAUGGACCUCAAGGUGAAAUACAACCAGAACCUCUUCAGGGUGUCCCCCCAGGUUGUAGAUUAUGCAAGUUGUGUUGGCCGAAUAGCAACGAUCUUGUCAAGCCUGAUCCCUUUCCUCCUCAUGGUGCCGGUGUUUUGCCUGGGCAACAGCAGUAAUUGCUACCAGAACUUCAGCCAGAAGCACGGGUGUCUCCUGAUGCACACGGAGGUGGCCGAGCCCCCCAGCGAGCCCCAGAGCCUGAGCGGCUCCGUUUGCCGCGCGAUGCAUUUCUACGGCAUCAGCGUCUUCCUCAUCUCCUUCCUCAUCAGCUUCAUGGCCAUCCUGGUUAUCCUGAGUCAGGCCCGAGGUCUGUACAAAAGGUUUGUGAACUCCACGGGAUUCCUGGGGGAUCAGCAGUGGGCCAUGAUUAAGAUGGUGGAACAACGGGUGGUUUUUUACCCCGUCGCCUUCCUCUGCUGCUGGACCCCAGCUGUCCUCCUUGGAAUGCUGAAACUGACUGCCUCAACAACCAGCAAAAUCUACAUGGCUCUGCUGAUCCUGCAGGCUCUCACCGCAGCUUCCCAGGGGCUCCUGAACUGCCUGGUGUACGGCUGGACCCAGCACGUGUUCCUGGCCCUGAAGCGCGGCUCCCGCCGGGAUGUGGACACGCAGACCCCGCUCCUGCGCUCCCAGAAAAAGUUCUACUCCAGCACGGCCCGCGCCGGCCCGCCCGACAGCGAGGGCUGCUCCUCCACCCUGCUCUGAUGCAGCCCUGCCUGAAGGGAAGAGGGAGAGUCCUCCCAGCUGCUCGUUACCCACAGCCGCGAUGGAACUGUUCCUCGGGCAGCACAGCCCGAGCCCCGGCGGGGCUGGCAGAGCCAGGCGCUCACUGGACAGAGUUAUUUAUUUGAUGGAUUCUUUCAACGUGGUCAAUUUUUAGUCCAGACUUUCUCUUCCUGGAAAUAUCCCUAGAAAUGCAGCAAACCCCAUGUAACGGCUCAGAGACCUGGUCCAGCUCCUUGAAGGUUGGGCAGAAGAUGUUUUACUUUGCUUUAUUUCUCCAAGUCGUUGCCUUUACAAAUUAACAGUAAAGCAAAAUGAGUAUUUUUCAAUCUCUGCCUUUUAAUUCACUCUAACCAUGAGAAUUUGCACCACCCUAAGAACCAGUUGCAGGGAGUGAAGAAUUGCAAAGAAGGACAAAACCUGCCUGGAAUUUCUGCAUAUUUCCCUUCCCUUCUUCCUGCCAACUCCUGCUCAGCCACAAUACUCCCAAAAAUGAGCUGCUUUGACCCUGUGGAGCAUCUCCCAUGAACCAGGUGAGCAGGAUUUUGUCUGAAUUGCUCUUGGCAUUUCCACAUGUUCACAUGAAUUAUUUACUGAGGUCCCACCAUUUUAUAGGAAAUAAACCAGUUCUUAAGCUGUGUUGGAAACAA